CCCGUCCCUCAGAAAAUCAAAGUCCCUCAGCUCGGACUCUAUGCCGGGAGCUCGGAUCUGGACUCACACAUCGGCCUCUACACCUCGUGGAUGGACCUGCACGGCGCCACUGAUGCUUUGCGCUGUCGCAUGUUCUCGCUGACAUUGGGGCCCAAGGCGCAGAGGUGGUACCACUCUUUGUAUCCCCACUCCAUCUCCACGUGGGGGCAACUCAGGGCGGCGUUCCGAUCACACUUCAUCGGAUCGCAGAUCAACCUCGCCCACAAGGAAUCUGUCGCCAACAUCGUCCAAGGUGAGGACGAAAGCUUGAAGGAUUACAUUACUAGAUUCAACGAUCGAGUCCAAAACAUGGAACAAUGCCACCCACAGGCGCUGCUGAUCUCGGCACAGGCCGGCCUGAAGCCGAAGACUUUGUUCAAAUGGUCCCUUUGCCAAAACAAGCCGACCACAUACCAAGAAUUUCUUGUCCGCGCCCAAAAUUACAUCAUGGCCGAAGAAUCCUCGUCCAUCCCGGUGCUCGACGCCGCAUCGAACAAGGGAAAGGCGAAAGAUGAAAAAUCAGGAAAAUCGGGCAAAUCAUUUGCCGAGAUCCGAGCCAUGAGGAGGCAGAAGGCGGAGGAACUCAAGGAGACCUAUCAAGGCAUCUUUUCGGUAGGUGCCGCGGCCGUCUACGAGGAGAUCAAGACCAAAGGGUUGUUACCAGACCCAAAACCGAUGUUUACUGAUAAGGACAAGGUGGACAAAUCCCGUUACUGCACCUACCACAAGGCGCAUGGACACAACACCGAUCA